UUAGUUGAUUUACGACACUGUCUCAAGGCAUUGCCAACAGAUAUUCCGAUUCUAAAGACAUCAAAGUACAACUUUUCUAACUUCGAGCCGGAUGCUGAUUGGACUGCAGAGAUUGGCGAGGUUGGUGCUGUCAACCGAGAGCCACAGGUUAGGUUUGGUAAUCGUGCCGACGGCCUGAAACUCGUAGAGCGAGGCCCGGAGACAGAAGCGGUGGUGGAUGUGUUUAAAAAAUGGAUUCAAAAAUAUCCAAGUGAUAUCGUCCUCCAGAAGUGGGUGACUGAUACCCUCGAAGGUGCACGACGAGGCCUCAUUCGCGCAGCUGGAAAAGCUGUGAAUCAGAUUUACUUGUCCUUCUGGCGAAACUGA